AUGACACAAGAUCAGGGCAUAUGGGUUCUUGGAUACGGAUCUUUGAUCUACAACCCACCGCAGCACUACCAAUAUCGCGUUCCAGGAAUCAUAUACGGCUAUAAGCGCCGUUUUUGGCAAAGCUCCUCUGACCACCGCGGUACGCCAGAAAAUCCAGGAAGAGUAGCCACUUUAAUUCCAUACGAAAGCAUCGUGGAGAAACCAGAAUAUCUCCACAAUGUGACCACAUAUCGUUCGCAACAACCAAAGUGCCCGGAAGACUUACAAGUACUAUCGAUGGCUUACUACAUCCCCGCUGAAAGGGCCCAGCAGGUCUUGCAAUUUUUAGAUGUGCGCGAACAAGAUGGAUACACGCAGAGAAACGUCGAAGUACAUCUGGAAACCGAUGGCGUCAAAGACGAAGGCCUGAUUACUGCCCUUGCGCAGCUUCCGACACAUCCACGGACCCAGAAGCCAAUUCUACGCACUUUAGUUUACAUCGGCGUCGUGGGAAACGACUCAUUUGUCGGACUUGAACCCAUCGAACAUACUGCCAAAGUUAUACGGUGUUCGCGCGGUCUGAGCGGACACAACAACGAGUACCUCGCGAAUUUAUACGCGGCGCUGCUGGAUAUCGCCCAGUCCCUCUCUCUGCCGUUGGAACAGCUCGAGGACACCUACCUGCGGGAGCUCGUUCGGCUCGUCCAGCGUGAUCCAGCAGUAUUUGAGACAAGUCUUCAAUCCACCCGCAUCUGA